AUGCGGGACUCCGGUGAUCGGAUCCGUCGCGAGAGAACUUCUCCGACGAGUUCACGAACAGUGUUGAGGCGAGUGCUGGUGUUGUCCGAGGGGCGGCAGUUCCGAGAGGCGGCGGCCGUUCUGCAAAAGCUCAAUUGUAAUAGUGUGGCGGCGGUGGCAGCUGAUCUGCCCCUUGAUUUCUUGGCAGAGGGGUUGCCACACUCGGCGCAACUGCUGGAGACGCUCUUCAACAAGUUAAUAACAUCAGGCCAAAGGCCAAAUGUGAACGCUGAACAGGUGCUCUGGCAAUUGGUUAAACUGUUCGCUUCACACGAAGACCCAACGCUCAAGACUAAAGUUGCAAGAUUAACACAAAUCCUCGUCGACUAUCAGCCGGAAUUUUAUCGAAUUCUAGCAACAAAGAAAAAAGCUCUGGAACAUGCUAUACAAGGUUUGGGGUGCCACGGGCUGACCCCCGACGCCAGCGGCCUGACCCACCUCCAUGUGGCCAUCAAGGCCGAAUUGCACCGGCACAUAGACGCCUACAAAAAUGCGCUGCACCGGCUUGAUGAGCUCGGCCUUGCUGCAGCCAAUUCCAAAAAACCUGUGGAUGCUUCCCACCAAAGACUUCUUGCCUUGCACCACUCCGAAGUGCAGCAAAGACUCAUCGACAAUAAAACGCUCCUCACCAUCCUCGACAAGCCCGACUUGAAGCAGCUGCGACCGUUGGUGGAUACGUUGGCCACCAGAGUGCAAAACGACAAAGAGGCGCUUUUUUGCGUUUCGCAACUAAAAAGGCUGCAUCCGAGUUGUGAGGAGAAACCUGUAGCUGCUCUGCUUAUGGCUUUUGCACGAGGAUGUGGCGCCCUCUUGGAGCUUAUGCAGACUCCGGAAAGUCCUUGCAGCAGCGAUGGGUAUCAUUCAGAGUCGGAGCAGGAUAACGAUCGAGGGAAAGACCUCAUCGGCCGCUACGCCUCCCUGUACUACCAGCACCGUCCUCGUGCCCUUGAAGCCCUCGACUCGCUCCCCGAGUUAGCUCACGCCACUCAACUCAAAUCGAAAAUCCUUUUCUCGGUGGUUGUCCUCGCUUUCAGAACCUGCAAGAAUCUACGCGAUACGAAACUGAAAGAGACAUUUCGAAAUUUGCAUUUGGAUUGUCGGACGGCCGCCGGUCAGCACCUCCGUGACGAUGUCGUCCGGUGUUUGGCCGCCUGUGCCGAGACGUAUCCGCUCGGUGAAGCCGAGCACCAGGUGCGGGCUCUGGUGUGCGAUACUCUCAAAGAGUACAAGUGUUUGGAGACGUGUACGGCGUUGAGACGAUACGUGGGGGACGUCACCAGAGUGGCUUGGCUUUUGGUCAACCAGGUGCCGGGAUAUGAGCUCGAUACGGACUUCCAGACGCCUGUGAGGCUCAAGAAUGACAGACAUCAGAGGCAUCAUUCGGCUGAUCGGACGAGUGAUGUGGUCAAAGCCUAUCUCUGGCCGGCUUUAGUUGUGCAAAAUGUAUGCGUGUAUAAAGCUGUUGUGGUCACUGGAGGGACCUGAUUUUAUUCCACUCUAAUUUUUUACAAAUCAAAUUUUAUUUACUCAAUGCAUUUACUUUGUAAUUUGUAAAUAUUAUCGUGUUACGUUUUAUCAAUAAAGUAAAUACAAGCUUA